GUGAUAUAGGCCGAUUGAAUAUUGUUUUAGUUUUUGGUAUACUAUUUUGUCGAAUUAAAACUUUUGUAAUGAAUUUCCAAACUAUAACCGAUGUGGUCGUUUUGGACAAAUAUUCCGUAAAGAAAUAUAUAAAUAUGUACCAAACACUUAUUGAUUAUGCAGAAUCCAUUGAUAUGCCUGUCAAAUUAAUGAUUGUCGUCAUAUUGGUAUGUUCGUCUGCUAGAUUAAUCCUCGACUUAUAUGAAGUUAUUAUCCUUUUUAAACAUCACGAUUUUCUCGAGGUUAUAAUAUUGGCUCUGGCUGGACACCUACAUGAACCUAUUUUUGCUGUCACUUUGUUGUCAAUGGUUACAGACUUGAUUCAAGAUAAACUUAAAAACAUCAAGUUGAAAAUGAUUGGACAGAGAAAUCGUACCAAUGAUGAACGACUACGUUUUGAGAUACAGCAGUUACUGAUGUUAAUGGAUAAUCGUCCGCUCCAGUUUUGCAUAUUUCCAAAUUUACCUAUGACGUUGAGUUUAUUUCUCGGCUUUAUGUCAUUUGCUACCAUUAACAUAAUUGCUGUAUUACAAAUUAAAUCAUUUUACUCUUAAUAGUAUACUAGUGUGUUUUUAAAACUAUUAAUUUAUUCUACCUAUAUUGGGAUUUUCAAGCAAUUCUUUCACAUUGAAUGUAGAUUUUUAGUUCAAUAAAUGUAUAUUUGUACGCCUGAUAGGGCAAAACUUAUUGAAACUGUAUAUAAUACUGCACCACCUUACAUAAUUAUAUAUAACAAAUGUUUUUAACAAAUAAAUUUAUCUCUAUCUUUACUGUGUGUUAGUUUGUCAUACUUCUCGGUCAGUGGCUUACGCCCCCAAUUGUCGACGCCGCCGAAUAUAGCUUUUAAUUCGAUUACCAGAAUCGGGGGCGUCAGCUACGGGUGCUUUGUACAUGGGGGGAC